AUGGUCCUCGCUGCCCUACCCAUCCCUGAGAUCCCCGCCUAUGCAAUAUCCAAACCCGCAAUCGCUGCCAUCGAGCCCCUUCGUCUCUCCAUCACAACCACCCUCCCAUCCGUCCGUUCCUCGUCCCGGCUUGUGCACCAAUCCAAUCUCGCGCAUACCCCCAGAUCCACACCAGCCGGGCUCUCAUCUGCCGUCAUCAGCUAUCUGGUCGCCUUCUUCAAUCCCGACGCGUCCCGCUCGCCCUCACUCUUCUUCAACGUCGGCCAGGCCCACGAUCAGGUCGCUGUGCUUGUCUGUUAUAAUCAUCAGAGCCCCCAGGUCCACCAUGUGCAAGUCCCGCAGCCCCGUCAAACAGGAGAGGAACCGAACACCCCUCCCUUAGCCUCAAGUGUGAAUUAA